AUGCCAGCACAUAUCACAGUUCAUGAAAAUUUAGAUGAAAGACUUGACAGCAAUAAACCUUUCUGUUUUAAUGCAGAAGAUGAAGAGAAUGAAAUUAUAGUUAUAUUGGGUAGUUUUUUUGAAAAGUCACAAGAAGAUAAGAAUGGAGCUUCUUCAUCUGUUUUAAUGAAAUCUAUUAAUGAAAACAUAAAUGUAUUCUCCCUUGGGGUCCAAAACCCUCUGUUAAAUAUUGCAACAAUUGAGCAACCACAUCUCAAUGUAUUUGUAUAUUUGUGUCUUGACAGUGCUCUAUGGCACUUAGCCAAAAUAAAUUAUAAAUAUGGGGAAAUUUCAUCUAGAAACUAUAUUAAUAGGAAUCAUGCAGACAGUGUUGAUUUUAUAACUGAUGUUGAUAAAUUCCAAAUUGUGUAUUUCGAAGGAUCAAGGCCUGCUGAGAAGAAGCCAGAAAAGGAAAUUACUAAUGCUAAAAAACUUUUCUGCAAUUUGAAAAAUCUAUAUUCAAACAUUGAAAUGGAAGUUACCAAUACCCGUAGAUGUUUGCCAAAGAAGUUGUUCAUGUUUGGUGGACAAAGUUUUUGA